AUGAUUGCGAGCACCCUCGCGCCCAUGCUCUCGUCCAGCGAGGGCUUCCGGGCUCUGCUCUACGGCGGCGCCGUCGUCGGCGCCGCGCCGACCCCGAGGACCCCGGGCGACCACACGGGCUGGGAGAGUUUCUUCGGAAACGGCACCACGACGCUCCCCGGCAUCAAGACCGCCGCCCUGCCAUCCCUCCUCUCCACCCUGCGGCUCGGCGCGCCCGCAUGCGGCACCGAAAUGUGGCCGCCAGCGAGCUGCACCGAGGCGCGCCCCCCGCGCGACCCCCGGCCGCUCCGCGCCAGCUUCGCCCAGAGCGGAGCCUGCCAGCAGCGUGCGCGCACGGUGUCGCUGGACGGCACGUGUCCAGAGCAGGCCCCGGCGGCCGCUCCGGCGGGCCGGGCGGCGGAGGGGCGCACGGGGGCGGCGCCGCGCAGGCAGCGAGGCGACGGGCGCAGCAGUGUGCGGCCGCGGGGCGCCGCUUCGGCGGCGGAGGGCGGCGGCGCGCCCGGGCAGGCCCGGCGCAGUCGCGGCGUGUCGCUGGCGGGGUCGAGCGCGGCGUCGGAGGACGUGCGGGCCGUCUGGACGGACCUCCAUCGCUCGCUGCGCCACGCAACGGGCGAGGACCGCGCGCCCGUGAGGGUCGAGAUCAGCCUCGCGCUGGACGAGCCCGAGGGCUCGAGCAGCGGCGCGGGGGCGUCGAACCCCGCGAACGACCCCGUGGACGGGGGGGAGUUCGAGGACGUGUGCACGCACCACAUCACGGAGCGCGUGCGGUGCCGGAUCGAGACCGAGCUGCCGCCACGGGUGCGGGCCUUCAGCCGGAUGCGCCGGCUCGGCGCGAAGGACCUGGCGGUGCUGGGCUGCCACCAGCUGUGCGACCUCGACCGCGAGGGCCGCGCGCUCACCCCUGCCGACCGCAUCUCGCGGUCGCACUCGCCCGCUCGCCAGCAGAGCAUCGCUGGCAUCACGGACCUGCAGACCCACCGGCCGCUCGUCCAGCGCGUCGGGAACGGCCUUAACGAGCUGCUCCACGGCGGCGCGAGCGCGCCGAAUCUGCGGAAGCGCGCGGGGGCCCACGGCCCCGACCACGUGGCACGGUGGAAGAAGCACGCCCUGUCGGCUCUGGAGGAGAUGCGGGCCGAGGCAACGCUCAAGAUCUGA